GCGGCCCCGCAUCCGGGGAUCCCGGCGCGGCCACCGCCUCCCGCGCACACACGGCCAUGGCGGAGGCCUCCUCGCUGGGGAGGCAGAGUCCUCGCGUGGUCUCCUGCCUCGAGCACAGCCUGUGCCCCGGGGAGCCUGGCUUGCAGACAACAGCAGUGGUGUCCAUGGGCUCUGGAGACCAUCAGUUCAACCUCGCAGAGAUCCUGUCACAGAACUACAGUGUUCAGGGAGAGUGCGAGGAGGCCUCGAGGUGCCCAGAGAAGCCCAAGGAGGAGCUGGAGAAGGACUUCAUCUCCCAGAGCAACGACAUGCCCUUCGAUGAGCUGCUUGCACUCUAUGGCUACGAGGCAUCAGACCCCAUUUCAGACCGGGAGAGUGAGGGUGGUGACGUGGCCCCUGACCUCCCGGACAUGACCCUGGACAAGGAACAAAUAGCAAAGGAUUUGCUUUCAGGGGAAGAAGAGGAAGAGACACAGUCAUCUGCUGACGACCUCACCCCGUCCGUGACCUCCCACGAGGCCUCCGACCUCUUCCCUAACCGGAGUGGAUCUCAUUUCCUGGCUGAUGAAGACAAAGAGCCUGGCUCUUCUGCCUCCUCCGACACCGAGGAGGACUCUCUUCCUGCCAACAAAUGUAAGAAGGAGAUCAUGGUGGGACCUCAGUUCCAAGCUGAUCUCAGCAACCUGCACUUGAACCGGCACUGUGAGAAGAUCUACGAGAAUGAAGACCAGCUGCUCUGGGACCCCAGCGUCCUCCCCGAGAGGGAGGUGGAGGAGUUCCUGUACAGGGCGGUGAAGCGGCGUUGGCAGGAGAUGGCUGGGCCCCAGCUCCCGGAGGGAGAAGCCGUGAAAGACAGUGAGCAGGCGCUGUACGAGUUGGUGAAAUGCAACUUCAACGUGGAGGAGGCCCUGCGAAGGCUGCGGUUCAACGUGAAGGUGAUCCGAGAUGGGCUCUGUGCUUGGAGUGAAGAGGAGUGCAGGAACUUUGAGCAUGGCUUCCGCGUGCACGGAAAGAACUUUCACCUGAUCCAGGCCAACAAGGUGCGCACACGGUCUGUGGGUGAGUGUGUUGAGUACUACUACCUGUGGAAGAAGUCGGAGCGCUAUGACUACUUCGCCCAGCAGACACGGCUGGGCCGGAGGAAGUACGUCCCGUCCGGAACCACGGACGCAGACCAGGACCUGGAUGGCAGCGACCCCGAUGGCCCUGGCCGUCCGCGCCCGGAGCAGGACGCCCUGACUGGGAUGCGCACAGACCCACUGAGUGUGGAUGGCACGGCCGGUGGUCUCGGUGAGCCUGCGGUGGCCUCGGAUGGCCUCCCGUCCUCGGAGCCGGGGCCCUGUUCCCUCCAGCAGCCGGACGAGCCCCCCGCCGGACCCCCGUCCCGUCCGCCUCCGGCCCUGGCCGACCCGGCCUCGUACCCGCCGGCUGUCAUCGCUCCGGAGGCAGACGCCGGCCCAAGGCUGGCUGUGGACUUCGCCCUGCCCGAGGAGCUGCCUCUCAUCUCCAGCCGUGUGGACCUGAGCGGGGACCCGGAGGGGACUGUGGCCCCUGCGCAGGUGGCUUUGUCGGUCACCGAGUUUGGACUCAUUGGCAUUGGGGACGUGAACCCCUUCCUGGCCGCCCACCCCACGUGCCCGGCCCCCGGGCUACACUCGGAGCCCCUGUCACACUGUAAUGUGAUGACCUGCUGACUCCUGGCCGCGGGCGGCGUAUGCGGCCCAGACUGGACUUGGCACUGCCGCUGGGCCCGCCUCUGUCAGUCUUCCUGACCCCUUCCCCCGCCCCGGGCCUUGGGGUGGCACCUCCUCUGCUUCUGAACACGUCAGGACUGGUGUGAGGUGGCUGGGCCGUGCGCCGUUGCCCCGGCCAUGCAGACUGGACCCAGAGCCACACACAACGCCGUCAGCGCCCGGCACUGCCACCCGGGUCCAGGCUGCUGCCUGCACAUGGGAUCCGUCAGGCAGCUGUGGACAGAAAAGACCCGGCCUUUGGGACGCGGGGCAGAGCCGGCCGCCUCGUCCCUUCCAGCCCGCAGAGGCGAGGGAAGGUGUCACUGCCCCGGCGGGGAGACGGGCAGGACGCCCCGCCCCGCACCAGCAGCCUCCGCCGGGGCACCCUCCGCUCCCUGCUUGGCUCUGUCUCUCCACACCUGGCAGGGCCGCGGGCUGCCCCAGCCCUGGGGGUCGUGGGCAGCUGCUACUCAGUGCCAACCCCGUGGGGCACAGAGCCAUAUACCUCGCUGUCCGGCCCCCAGCCCGGCCUCCCCUCCCACCCCGUCGUCUCCACUUCAGGAAAAGCCGCACUUUACACCCCCACCUGCCUCUUCCCCUCCAUCCCUGUUCCCGAUCCUGAGCGGUUGGGGUGGGGGCCCCUCAGCAACCCCAGGCGUGGGUUUGAGGAGACAGGUGACUUACACCCCCUCUGCUGUCCUCCCCUGGUACCAAGGCAGGGAGCCUCGAGAGGAGCUGGCCCUGCCGGCCGUGCAGGGGCCGGACUCCAGCCUGUUUCCCCAGCCCUGCAGGUCUUCCUUCUGUGGGAAGCUUCCCAGCAAGAUGGCUUGGAGUCCUGGUCCCUCUUCCCCGACCCCUGUCCGUUUCUGUUUCUGUUUACACGUUGGCGUGGGGUCCUCCGUGGGCCGCGGCGUGCCCUGCCCCGGGCGUCGUCCAGCCUCCUGUGCUCGAGCCCCUUUCUGAGUUGGACUCGACCAUCCCUCACCCCACCAAGGACCACACUGUGAAGUGAUAACUGCCUUGAACCCCCCCUUGCUGUUUUAUUUAUUAAACUUGAUUUGAAGCCC